UUCAUAACCAGAGCAUUUUUAUCUUAGCUAUUGACCGCUCUCUUACGACUUGAUCCUUGGUAUACUAGGCUGGUUUCUUGACUUGUCACAGCUUCCAGGCUGUCUCUUACCACAUCUGGGCUACAAGGUAACAGCCUGGAUUAUAUUGACUUAAAUGUGCCUUAUUUCCCUGCUGUCAUUUCUGCUACCCAGACACACAGCGAUCCACUUUCAGAGCCUGUUCAUCAUGCAGCCUUUCAGUUUGAAGGGCUUUUAACCACAGUCCAUUUGCCAGCUGCAGUUGCAAUAAGUCAUGUACAUGCAGCCAUAGGCAGAACAGGGUGAGUGCUCCACCACAGGAUUAAAUGCCCUCGUGUCAAUACUGUUUAUUGUCUUUGUACUACAUUUUCUUGGGUAAUCCAUACACAUACCCCACUUAAUUCAUGCAGUGGCUAUAAUAUGUAUCCAUCCAGUCUAAGAUCAGGCCACAAGCCCUGGAUGGAAACCCUGACAUUAUACUUAAAAACAAACGAGUUACAAAAAAGCUUGACGUUUAUUUCUCACUACAACCAGUAAAUAUACUGUUGGAAAAUUUGUUCAUCUACCCUUCAAUGGUGCUGCUUUAUGGAAGUAGCAGGCUGUGCCCAUAAAAACAAUUCCUCAUGUUAUAACACAGAGAAAAUUUGUUUAUGUUAAACAAAUCGCAUUGAUAACCAUCAUGUUGUUAGACAUGGCACUGAUGGUGAAACCAAAACACUUUCCACUGACACAUUUGCUAUUUUGACCGUUUUUAUAGGUAAUAUUGAUACCAAAUGUAUAUAUUACUUCAAACUAGACAAUGUGGUGGUUACUGUGCCUUUAAAAUCUGAUACUAAAAGGUUAUUUCUAGUGUUCAAUAUAUAUUCAAUAUCCAAGUAUAGGUCUCUGUUGAACCCCAUGGGGUAUUUCCUCUAUAAAAUAGCCAUGAUCUCCACAAAUAAACCAGUUAGUUGAUGAAUCAGCUGCAUUUUCUAGUCCAUAAAAUGAUGAAAGUAAUUCUAAGCUACCAAAAAAAAUUGCAUUUCUUCCUUUAAAAUCUACAUAUGAGCUUUCAUGUUUGACUAAGGGAAUUUUAGGAGAAAAAAAACAAACAAUGCAGGAUCUGUACUUUUAGUGCAGAUAUUUAGUUACCAGAGAGAAUGAUGUCUGGGUAAAAAGCCCAACAGCUAGCCCUGUUUUGGCUCAAGAAGCCAUCACCAAAGGCAGCUUUAGCAGGUGAUUUGUCUACCUAUGAUAGUGAAGGUAUUUUAUCAUUUAUUGUUAUUGAGAGUUUUUUAUUUGUGAUAAGAUGUGAUUCGUUGUGUUGUGGAUAUAAACAGUGUUGUAAGGAUUGUUUUUUUUUUUUAGGUUUUUCCCAUCCUGCAGUAGUGGCUAAGAAUUUGGGGCAGUGGGUAGUGGCAAUCUGUAUUUCGGUUUAUUUUUCUUCUACUUUAUGAUUUUCAUCCUGUUUUAAGUGUGAUUAUAAAUGUUAGUACCCGGUAGCGACAGCAGUUCCCGUCAGUGCAACCCGAGCAGGCAGCCGGGGCUCUGCGCCCUCCCUCCCCCUCUCACCGCUCCGGUUCCGCAGCAGCAGGCAUCGGCAGGAAGGAGGAUGGAGAUCCCGGAGCAGGAAUAACUCCCUGUCAUACCAUCUACUGGGAGGCUCUCAACCAAACACUGGGGCACAAAUGGCACUCAGACCAUGAUGUAAGUAAAAAAAAAACAAGGCUGUGCGGAAAUUGCGGCUGUUUUAUCGGCGACCGUCGAUGUGAGAUGUUUCACAUCACAUGGCUGGAUACCAAACUGCCUUCCUCUAUCAAGAGAUAGCCAGCCGGCAGGAUGGAGCCCCAGGAGGAAUGACACGAUAUCUUCCCCCCUUGGGUGUCGCACAACAGUCCAAAAAAAUGCACUGGACCGGCGGAUCCGUCUUCGUAGUCCUGGCGUGUCUUAUCGCCUCCCGCUCUGCCGGGGCGUUAUCGGUGGACACGGAUGGGAACCGUACAGAGAACAACAACGUGACAGACGGCAGCGGCUUCGUUCCAGUUGUGUUCACUAAAGUGAGCCAGAUAAUUGCCAGGGAGGGGAGCUCUGCGCUGAUUGAUUGCAACGUCACCGGAGACCCGUUCCCCAGCGUCGAGUGGUUCAACUCCCACGGAGAGCGCCUGGACACGCAGGCUAGUGGAGGGAAGUGGUGGCUGCUGGACACCGGAGUCCUCAACAUCACCAGCAUUGAGUUCUCAGACCGAGGCAAGUAUACGUGCAUGUCCACCAACGUCCAUGGCACCGCCAAUGGCACGGUGACCCUGCGCGUGGUCUUCACCAAUGGCGACAUGGGCGUGUACUACAUGGUGGUGUGUCUGGUCACCUUCACCAUCAUUAUGAUCCUGAACGUCACACGCCUCUGCAUGAUGAGCAGCCACCUGAAGAAGACAGAGAAGGCCAUCAACGAGUUCUUCCGCACCGAGGGCGCCGAGAAACUGCAGAAGGCCUUCGAGAUCGCCAAGCGGAUCCCCAUCAUCACCUCGGCCAAGACGCUGGAGCUGGCCAAGGUCACCCAGUUCAAGACCAUGGAGUUCGCCCGCUACAUCGAGGAGUUGGCCCGCAGCAUCCCGCUGCCGCCGCUCAUCAUGAAUUGCCGCACCUUCAUGGAGGAGAUCCUGGAGGUGGUGGGGGUGGAGGAGAUGAGGCACACCUUCAUCCGGCACGCCCCCGAGUGGCGGCGCGACGCGUAUGGCUGGAUCCCCUCCAUCGGCGUGCGGGACGUCUUCACCAUCCUGCAGGUGAGGGACAGAGAGCGCAGCGAGUCGCCGGCCGCCGACUCGGACAACUCGUCCGUUCACGAGCAGCCGCAGCAGAUCGCCAUCCAGGCAUCCGUGCACCCUCCGCUCGACAACGGGGACUGCUGCGUGUACGAGGCGUCGCCGCCGUCGCUCUCCCCCUGCCCCUCGCCGUCCCCGCCGUGCUCCCCUCUGCCUCUGGAGGAGCAACAGGUGGCGCAAGAAGAGGAGAUCGGCAGCCAGGCAGCGGCCGAACAGAUAGUCAGCGAGACCCCCCCCUGCCAGGUGUUUUACGAAAGCCAUGUUUGAUUGGACUACGAGGGGCGCGCUGACAUCCUGCUAUGCAUCUCACACUGUAUGAAACAAUCACCUGUUUAUUCAUCUCUAUCUCUGAAGUUCCUGACACAUUUCAUCCAAUCAGAGGCUCUUUAAGCACUCUUCACUCUGGAUUUUCAUGCUUGAAUGUACGUGAGAGGAGGUAGUAAUAUUAAUAAUGUAAUAAGCAGAGGAUUGUAUGAGGAGCUGUCUUGUUAUUUAAAGAGGAGACAGGGGGAUUUGCUUCAGUUUGUAGUUUCUUACAAUGUUCGAAUUUUUAAUUUUCCUCACCCACCUCCAGGCGUUACCACGGCGCUCUGCUUAACUGCAUGCUGGACUGAUGAAGCUAAAAGGGUAGCCUGACUGGAACAUGCUUUAAGGCCAGGUGGACCUGUGAAUAUACGGAGUCCUGAUUAAAGACACACCUCUGAGUGGAGUUUGUUUUCUUUCAGAUAAUUUUAAUUAUAGAGUAUUAUUCCUGACUGUGCUGUGGUUUGAUUCCUCCAGUCUGUCUAGUUUAGGCAGGUUGGACUUUAAACUCUCCUCUCAUUCAGUGUUUUUGGUUUAUAAUCCACCUCCCUGUCUAAUCUUAGCAUUAUCUUUCGUCUGCAGAGGCUUUUCUGUAAACUUGCAUGUUAAAGUGGACAGUUGAGAUGUCCGACAUCUUGUUCUGGGACUCCUUGUGUUUUCUUCCGUCGCUUGGGCUGAAGCUCCAGUCUGUGGCCGAGACGAGCUGCACGCUGUUCUGCUUUCACCAGUGCUCUACAGAUGCCUCUUUUUUUCUUCUUCUUUUGUAGUGGAAUAAAAUAAGAGUGCUGUGCUUUAAGAUAAAAUAAAAAGCAAGGCUGUGUGAA